AUGGCCGAAAAGCAGCUGGAAGACCAAGCAUCGGCUCCUCGCUCUCUCCCUCUAUUCAGACUGAUCAUCGACCAAGCACGUGUUACAGACGAGGUGCUCCAUUAUCCAUAUGAAGGGUCAGGCACAACAGAGGACCCUUUCAUUGUGACAUAUAUCCCCCAAGAUGCGGGCAAUCCCUUCAAUUGGACCAAAGGCUUCCGAUGGGCCAUUACUUCGGUUGUGGCCGUCGAAACUCUCUCUGUUGCUUUUGCAUCGAGCGCCUUCAGUGGUGCCAUACGAGAGCUCACCCAGGACCUGGGCGCUAGCACAGAGCUUAUCACUGCUGGAAUCUCGCUAUUCGUGUUGGGCUUUGCCACUGGUCCUCUGGUUUUCGCACCUUUGAGUGAAAUCUAUGGGCGGCAGAUUAUCUUCAUCAUUAGUUUUGGUGCCUUUACGGCUUUCAAUGCUGGCUGUGCUGGUUCAAACAACACUGCCACAUUGCUGGUUCUUCGAUUUUUCGCUGGCGCCUUCGGCUCCUCUCCAAUGACCAAUGCUGGAGGAGUGAUCGCCGAUAUCUUCCCCGCGUCUGAGCGAGGCCUGGCUAUGAGUCUGUUUGCCUUAGCACCCUCAUUCGGACCUUGUGCGUCCCCAUGGAUCGCCGGAUUUCUUAGUGAGUCUGAGGGCUGGCGUUGGGUUAUGGGCCUUCUCACCAUAUUCUCUGGAGUUUUAUGGAUCCUCGGAACGUUGCUUGUGCCAGAGACCUACGCCCCAGUCAUCUUGCGGAAACGCGUGGCGAUGUUGAAGCAGAAAACCGGAAAGGAGUACAUUCUGCAAGGCGACAAAGAGAAAGGCACACCGGCUCUGAGCUCUGUCUUGGCCACUGCCAUGGUGAGACCUUGGAUUCUUCUUUUCAUGGAACCAAUCGUCCUCCUUCUAUCCAUCUACAUUGCCAUUGUCUACGGUACCCUUUACCUUCUCUUCGGCGCUUAUCCCAUUGUCUUCCAACAAACCCGCGGUUGGUCCGAAGGCAUCGGCGGCCUCCCAUUUCUCGGUGUUGCAGGUGGUAUGAUCAUUGGAAUUCUGUUCGUUGCUUGGGCGAACAAGUGGUACAUUGCAGCAGCUGAAAGAAACGGUGGAAUCGCACCGCCCGAAGCCCGCCUGCGGCCCGCAUUAUAUGGAGCAAUCGCAAUUCCCAUCGGAAUGUUUUGGUUCGCCUGGACAAACUACCCUUCGGUUCAUUGGAUAUCACCUGUUCUUGCCGGUGCGCCCUUUGGCUUCGGCUUGAAUAUCGUAUUCUUGGCCAUCACAAACUAUCUCAUCGAUUCUUACACUAUCUUUGCCGCUUCAGUUCUUGCAGCUAAUACUGUACUGAGAUCACUGUUCGGUGCAGCAUUCCCUCUAUUCACCCAUGACAUGUACAACGUUCUGGGCAUCCACUGGGCCAGCUCAGUUCCCGCCUUUCUAGCCCUAGCUUGUGUGCCCUUCCCCUUCAUCUUCUACAAAUACGGGGCUCAAAUCCGGGCGAAGUGUGUCUAUGCAGCACAAGCAGAAGCUGUGAUGAAUCAACUCCGUGCCAACGCAAAGGCCACGUCUGCGGCUCAGCCAGCCCCACAGGAAGAGAAGGAGUUGAAGAGAUGCCCGACAGGGCACUCAGUGACUAGCGGCUCUGACACAGCUUCUGACGGUCCCGCUUUCGAGCCAUUGAAGGUCACUAGAUCACAUACGACAGACGCCGUGGGUAGAGCGCAACUUACUCGCACAAGGUCGAGAGCAGAGUCGAUCGCAGAGGCGUCGAAUUACAACUCCAACCCCUACGAUAUCGAUCGUGUCUACACCACGACUUCGUUGGCCGGAGUCGAUCUAAGCAAAACAAGGACGAACCGAUCCACGGGUCUUUGA